AUGGUUGAUACUCACCAACAAAAUAUUGCGCUGGGGAUCGUGGUCGCGUUCCCCAUUCUGGGUGGACUGUCCGUCCUCUUAAGGCUCUGGAGUCGUCAAUUAUCACGAUCGGCACUCACCAGCGAUGACUAUCUAAUCACGGCAGGAUAUUGGAACUAUGCCAACCAGCUCCUCUACAAUCCUACCUUGACGGUCAUCAAGUUGUCUAUCCUGGUAUUCUUGCGCAGACUGGAAUCUCGGUCGCGCGUCGUCAAUGUCUUGAUUUGGGGCGCCAUGGCUUUCGUCAUUGGCCUCUUCCUCGCCGUACUGUUUGUUGAUAUUUUCCAAUGCCGUCCUGUCGCCUACGUCUACGAUACCUCGAUCCCAGGUGGCCAAUGCAUUGACCAAGGCGGUUUCUAUGUCUCGACCGCCGCACUCAACCUCUUCACCGACUGCGUCGUGCUCUCAAUUCCCAUCAUAAUCACCUGGGGCUUGCAGAUGCCCCUGCGACGCAAGAUCGCCGUGUGCAUCAUCCUGUGCCUUGGUGGAGUUGCAACCGCCAUCGGUGUCUGGCGUAUCGUCAUCCUUGCGCAAGGCUUCCUCACCCACGCCCCGAACCCCGACCCAACCUACUCCAUUGGCUUCUGCAGUUCCGCCAUCGAAGUAAACGUCGCCGUGGUUACUGCCUGCGGCCCUUCCAUGAAGGCCAUCGCCAGCCGAUACCUACCCCGUCUCCUCGGCACCUCCCGCGGCGAAACCUCUGGUUACGGCGCCGGCACCAGUGGCUCGCGCGGACGAUUCCCCGGAUCAAAGCUGUUCGCGACAAACAAGUCGCAGCUGCACUCUCACGCAGACGAUGGAUACGAGAUGGCGGACCCGAAUGGUGGACAUACCGUGGAUAUCGGCCACGGGAAUGGUCGCUUCGACAUGCGCAAGUAUCGCCGUGGCGGAGACAGUCCGAGUAUCAGCAGUGGCAGCGAGGAUGGUGUUGCUGGUAUUGUCAAGACCACCGAUGUGUCUGUCAAGUAUACCGUUGGUGAAGUGACUCCCGAUGAUCGGUCGCGGGAUGGCAAGCAUGCCAGCGUGGACAGUCUGGUGUAG